AUGGCUCUACGAAAUUACCUUUAUGCGAAACACGAUGCCCAUCUUGAUAUAAGUGCUAGAAUCAAUAAAGUUCCAACACCAUCCCAGCAAGAUACUAUGAAUCAAAUAGCAUCUUCAAAAUCAACUAGUACUGCUAGGCAUAUACCAAGAAGCGCUCACAAUCACCACACUCAAGAUCAUGAGUUUCUUUCCCAGCAGGUGAAUAAAGUCGCUCGAGAUUUAAAUGAUUUCAAACUAGAUGGAGAUAAAUGCACAAAACUGUGUGACUCGUGUACGUGUGAAAAGGAAAAGAGCGGAAAUAACGCUGUAGAUGGUGCAUCAGCCGCUGAAAAUAAUGAAGGUCAUGUUGAACCAAGUUUAAGGGUUGAAGUGGCCGACAAUGAAAUUGACUUUACUAAUGUCAUGUGA